AUGGGCGCCGGGCGUCCCGGGCCGGGGGCUCCCGCGCGGAAGCGCCGUGGGCUCCGCGGACGGAGCCGCCCGCCCCGUGGGUGGCCAGGCGGCGGCGGCGGCCCCGGGGCGCGGCGCGCCCUGCUCGGGCUCUGCGUGCACGCGUGGCUGUGGGCGUCCUCGGGCUCCUCCGCCCAGGUCUUCAACCUGAGCCUUUCGGUGGACGAGGGCCUGCCUGCGGACACGCUGGUGGGUGACCUCCGCGCGGCGCUGGAGGCCGCGCAGCCGCAGGGGGCAGUCGGCUUCCUGCUGUCCGAGGACUCGGAGGACUCCCCGCUGCUGGACGACUUCCACGUGCACCCGGACACCGGCAUCAUCCGCACGGCGCGGCGCCUGGACCGCGAGCGGCGCGAUCGCUACCGCUUCGUGGCCGCCACGCUGCUGGGCGCCGUGGUGCAGGUGGAGAUCCGAGUCAACGACGUGAACGACCAUUCGCCCCGCUUUCCGCGCGACUCCCUGCAGCUCGACGUCUCCGAGCUCAGCCCGCCGGGCACCGCCUUCCGCCUGCCAGGUGCGCACGACCCGGACGCCGGGCUGUUUGGCACGCAGGGCUACAGCUUGGUGCAGCCCUCGGAGCCCCCCGGGGACCCCGAGGGGCCGUUCUUCCGGCUGCGGUACGGGGCUCCAGGGCCGCCACCCCCGGCGUCGGCGUCGUCGCCGCCCCUGGAACCGCUGGACUUGGUGCUCCUGCGGCGUCUGGACCGAGAGACGGCGGCGGCGCACGAGCUGCAGAUCGAGGCGUGGGACGGCGGCAGCCCGCGGCGCCGCGGCCGCCUGCGCGUGGAGCUGCGCGUGCUGGACGAGAACGACAACGCGCCGGUCUUCCAGCAGGACGAGUACCGCGCCGCGGUGCGCGAGGACGCCCCGCCGGGCGCCGAGGUGUGUCGCGUGCGCGCCACCGAUCGCGACCUGGGGCCCAACGGGCUCGUGCGCUACCGCCUCCGCGCCCGCCCCGGGCCCCGCUCACCGGAUGGCGACGCCUACUUCACCGUGGACGAGCUGAGCGGCGCCGUGCGGGUGCGGAGGCCUCUGGACCGCGAGGCGCAGGCCUGGCACCAGCUGGUGAUCGAGGCCCGCGACGGGGGCGCCGAGCCCGAGGUCGCCACGGCGCGCGUGUCCAUCACCGUGCUGGACGUGAAUGACAACCGGCCGGCCAUCCACCUGCUCUUUCUCACCGAGGGGGCCGCGGCCCGCGUCUCCGAGGGAGCCCGACCGGGUGACUACGUGGCUCGCGUGUCGGUGUCCGACGCGGAUGGCGACCCCCAGAGGGAAGAGGAGGCGUCCAGGGAUCUGGGCCUCGGGGGCGGGGGCAUCUCGCUGUCCCUGGAGGGCGGGGAGGGGGCCUUUGCGCUGCGCCCCGGGGGGGCCCCAGGAGUCUUUUUCCUCUGCGUCGAGGGGCCCCUGGACAGGGAGAGCCGGGAUCUGUACGAGUUGCGACUGGUGGCGACGGAUGCGGGGUCCCCACCCCUGAGCACAGAGGAGACCCUGCUGCUCCGCGUCACUGACCUCAACGACCAGCCGCCCGUCUUCAGCCAGGAGCUUUACCGGGCCUCGGUGUCCGAGGCCGCCGCCCCUGGCACCGCCGUGCUGUGGGUCAGUGCCUCAGAUGCCGACGAGCCGGGCACCGAUCACGCCCGGCUGCGCUACGCGCUCGUCCAGCUCCAGGCGGGCUGCGAACCCGAGGUGCCGCCCCCCGCGGCCGAGUGUAGACCGGCCUUCGCCAUCCAUCCCGAGAGCGGUGCGAUCAGCACCGUCCGGGCUCUGGACCGCGAGGCCCAGGAGGAGGUGGAGCUGAGGGUGGUGGCCCAGGACCUCGGACGCCCCCCACUCUCCGCCGCCUGCCGCGUGCGCAUCACCGUGGCCGACGUCAAUGACCACGAGCCGGUGUUCCCGAGACAGGUGUACAACGCGACCCUCGCGGAGCAUGCCCCGGUGGGACACUGCUUUCUGCAGGUAAAAGCGUCGGAUGCAGAUGCAGGGCUGUAUGGCUUAGUCGAGUAUUCUCUUUAUAAUGGCUUCCAAAGCGCCGAGGCCCCUCCAGCAUUCCAGAUUGACCCACACGAUGGGCGAAUCUGUGUGUCUCAAGACAUCGACAGGGAACAAGAUCCAGACACCUUUGAUCUGCUGGUGAAAGCAAAGGAUGGGGGUGGGCUGAGUGCCCAAGCUUUUGUCCGCGUGGAGCUGGAGGACGUGAAUGAUAACCGGCCUGUGUUUACCCCAUCCACCUAUGUGACGAGCAUCAGCGGGGAGACACAGCCGGGCACCGAGGUCAUCUCCGUCCUCGCCAGGGACAGGGACUCUGGGGUGUACGGAACAGUGGCUUAUGAACUUAUUCCGGGGGACCUAUCAGACCUUUUCACCAUUGACUCUACCACAGGUAUUAUUUACUUGACAUCGACAAUCAAUCAUUUGGAGCCUACUACACUUUUUUUGAUGGUCUGUGCUCGAGAUGGUGGUGGGCUUACAGCUGCUGUUAAUGCAGAAGUCACUAUUCAUGUUCUCCAGAACACAUUGGCUCCUGCAGAAUUUGAAAGACCUAAGUAUACUUUCUCAGUUUACGAAGAUGUGCCUGAAGCCAGUCCUGUGGGAACAGUGAAGGCAAGGGAGUCUUUGAAUUCUUCAGAACCAAUCUUUUACCAGAUCUCCUCUGGUGAUCUGGAUGGGAAGUUUUCCAUUCACCCUUGGCUGGGCACUAUCCACACACAGAAGCCUUUAGAUCACGAGUCACAGCCCGGGGUGGUCCUCACGGUCCAGGCCCAGCUCGGCAGCUCUCCAACCUACAGCAGCACCCAAGUCAACAUCACAGUGAUGGACGUCAAUGACAACUCCCCUGAGUUUCCCAUGGCCUCUGAUGAGAUUAGGAUACCCCAGACCACACCUCCUGGCACAGCCUUGUACCUUGCACGUGCAGAAGACAAAGACAGUGGCCCAAAUGGACUCAUCUGGUACACCAUUGCAAGCCCAAGCCCAAGUAUCUUCGCCAUUGACUCCAGGCUUGGUGUAGUGUUCCUCCAUGGGAAUCUGGGAAGCCAUGCGCCACAGAGGCACACCCUGAUCCUAGUAGCUGAGGACCAUGGGGCUCCCGCUCACUCAUCUCAGAUGGUGCUGACUGUAACUGUUGAAAAACAAGAACAAAGGCCAGCCCUGACCUUUAAAAAUUGGGUCUAUCAAGUGGAAGUUCGUGAGUCUCUGUCAGUGAUGGCACAGAUGCUGCAAAUCCAGGCCUGGCCCCUGGCCCUACUGCGCCCACAUUUGCAGGUGGUCUAUUCUCUGGAAGCCAGUGUGGACUCUGCCGCAUUUGGGAUCCACCCUCAUACAGGUUGGAUCUAUCUCCGGAGACAACUGGACUAUGAAUCGACACGAGCAUACAGCCUUAGAGCAUUUGCCUAUAUCCCAGAGGACAGACUGGUACAAAAUGGGAGCACCUCAGUAACUGUUCACGUCCUAGAUGAGAAUGACAAUUCCCCUACUUUCUUGCAUGGCCCAUUGUUUCUGAAAGUCCUGGAGAGCCCUGUUCCCUUAGGGGUCAUAGGCCAAAUCACAGCAGUGGACUCUGACUCUGGAAAGAAUGGACAACUCUCAUACUUCCUUUUGUCAGAUGGGAAAUUCUUCAAGAUGAAUCCCAACACAGGUGAACUGGUCAGCUGGUCAGCAUUGGAUCGUGAGCAUCAGGGCCACCAUCAGCUGACUGUCCUAGUGACAGACCAUGGCUCCCCACCUCGGAAUGCCACCACUGUGGUUUAUGUCACUGUCAUCGACACCAAUGAUAACAGGCCAUUUUUCCCCCAGUGUCUCCCUGGAAAGGAAUUUUCCAUCAAGGUUCUGGAAGGUCAGCCGGUAAAUACAUUGGUUACAACAGUGUUUGCCAAGGACCUUGAUGAAGGAAGAAAUGCAGAAGUGAGCUAUUCUAUCUCUCCAGAAGAUCAUUCUGAUCACUUUAAGAUUGAUAGCAACAAUGGUGAAAUAAGAACAAGCACAGUCCUGUCACGUGACUAUAGACCUUCCUACAGGAUAACCAUCAUCGCCAGCGACCAGGGAGUGCCCCCGCUUCAAGGACAAGCAGUUGUUAAUAUCCAGGUGUUACCUUUACCCAAAGGCGGAGGAGGUUUCGCCUCUCAGAUGGUCAGACAUCUCGUCCUGGCAGAAGACUUGAGGCCUACGAAGCUCCUGAGCCUGCGGCCUGCCCCGGCCCCGGCCCCGGCCCCGGCCCCGGCCCCGGCCCCCGCGGGGCGCCCGGCGGGCGGCGCGUGGCGCUUCAGCCUGGCCGAGGCCGGCGCCGGGCCCUUCGCGCUGGACGGCGCCACGGGGGACCUGUUCCUGGCGCGGGGGCUGGACUACGAGCGGACGCCCCACUACCUGCUGCGGGUGGCCGCCCGCGACGCCCGUGCGCACCCGCCCCGCCACGCCAGCGUCUUCCUCAGCAUCGCCGUGGACGACCGGAACGACCACGCCCCGGCCUUCCCCGAGGAGGUCGUGGUGCUCGGGGUGGAAGAGAACGUUCCGGAAGGCACGCUGGUGUACAACUUCACCGCCAAGGACGGGGACGGCAGCUUCCUGAACAGCCGCGUGCAGUACUCCAUGGAGCCCCACCAGGCGGGGCCCAGCCCGUUCCUCAUCCACCCGGCCCGCGGCUCGCUGCUCACCGCCGCGCCGCUGGACCGAGAGCGCGUCCCGCGCGUGCCCCUCACCGUCACGGCCUCCGACCAGGCCGCCAACCUGACGGACCGGCGCCUGCGCUCCCUCGUGGCGCACGUGGUGAUCCUCGACGUGAACGACCACAGCCCCGCCUUCGUGUCUCCGCCCGUGGCCUGGGUCCGAGAAGACGCGGCCGUGGGCUCCGCGGUGCACCACGUCCGAGCCCACGAUCCAGACCAGGGCAGGAACGGCAGCGUCACCUACAGCAUCCUCCCGGGAGACGACGGCGGGGCCUUCGCGCUGGACGCAGCCUCAGGCCUACUGACUACAGCUUGUCCUUUGGAUUAUGAAAUCAGAACUCAGUAUAUCCUGACCAUCGUGGCCCGGGAUGGUGGCACACCGGCGCUGUCCUCCUCUCAGAUGGUGACUGUGACUGUUCUUGACGUGAAUGACCAGGCCCCGCUGUUCACGCAGCCGCUGUAUGAAGCUUCUGUUAAAGAAAAUCAAAGUCCAGGAGCGUUUGUCACAAGGGUUGAAGCUGAGGACAGAGAUUCAGGAAUCAACUCCCAACUUCAGUUUGAAAUCAUGCCAGGUGCUUCUUCUGGGCUUUUCAAGAUCAAUCCUGACAGUGGAGAGGUGGUGACAGCCACCAUACUGGACAGAGAAAUUCAGCAAGUUUUUACCCUUCUAGUGCUUGUGCGGGAUAGGGGAGCCCCUGAACUGUCUAGCACCACAACAAUUCUUUGCACUGUUGAAGAUGAAAAUGACCACACCCCGGAAUUUAUUGUCCCUGGCCAUGACAUCGAGGUUCUAGAGAAUCGAGAGCCAGAGACUGUCUAUACUGUUUGGGCCUCUGAUCAGGAUGCUGGCAAUAAUGGAACUGUCAGAUAUCACAUAAUACAUGGGAACACCAAUGACUCCUUCGCUAUUCAUGAAAUGUCAGGGGAACUGUCGACCACACAUGCCUUGGACAGGGAGCAAGUCAGCAAUUUCACGCUACUCAUCCUCUGCUCUGACUUGGGGCAUCCACCUCGGAGCUCUGUGCUGCAGUUGCAAGUCAGGGUUUUGGAUGACAAUGACAACAGCCCCUCCUUUCCUCUGCUGUAUUACCAGUCUUCCGUGAGAGAAGAUGCUCAAGUAGGGACUGUGGUUCUGGUCCUGUCAGCCAAGGAUAGGGACCUGGGCCGGAAUGGGCAAACAGAGUACUUUCUGAUGGACGAGUCUUCCAGUGCAUUCACCAUUGAUUCUGCAGCAGGCAUUCUGAGAACCACCCUCACUCUGGACCGGGAAACCACAUCUCAGUAUACAUUUCGAGCCGUGGCCAGAGACUGUAGCAUCCAGGGCUCAAGAAGCACCACAGUAACCGUAAACAUAGCUGUCACUGAUGCUAAUGACAAUGACCCCAUUUUGGAACAGAACCCUUUUGAUAUCUUCCUUUCACCCCAGUGGCCAACAAAUCAAACGAUUGCUUUUUUGAGAGCCCAUGAUCCAGACAUGGGACCCAAUGGAACUGUCUCUUUUAGUUUUGCUGAUGCUCAGUCAGUGGUUUCUAUUGACGCGUACACAGGAGAAAUUACACUUUGGCAAAAUCCAUCUUCAGAAUAUUUUCCUCUCUGGUUACAGUUAAGAGUCACUGAUCAUGGGGUCCCAGCCAGGGCAACCACCGGCCUUGUGGUCAUUCACACGGAAGGAGAAGCUGUAAAGGUUUCCUUCAGCCAGCAUGUGUAUAAAGGAUUUGUGAUGGAAAAUUGUGAGGCAGGUACUUCUGUUGUGACCGUAGAGGCUUUUGUUUCUGAUUCAAUGCAGGACAGUGUUGAAUAUUCAAUAUUUAGUGGAAAUGAAAAUGGAAUAUUUUCCCUGGGUUCCAAAUCAGGACAUCUCACCGUGAAAAAACCCAGAUCCCUUGAUUUUGAAAUCAGGAGUGAAGUACAACUCAUUAUUUUAGCUGAAAGCAGUGGGCAGAUAGCCUACAGCAAAGUAGUCAUCUUAAUACAGGACGUGAAUGAUCACUUUCCACGAUUCGGGCAAAGAGUUUACCAGGCAUCAGUGUCUGAAGGCCAGCCCUACAAUACUUAUGUCAUACAGGUGUUUGCUACUGACCCGGACAGUGGGUUGAAGGGCCUGGUUGAUUAUUCCUUUCUCUCUGGCAAUGAAGAAGAAGCCUUCCACAUUGAUGCCACAAGCGGUGUGAUAACCACGAAGGCAGAUCUGGAUUAUGAGUCUACCAGCUCCUAUAGCUUGAUCGUGCAAGCCACGGAUAGAGGGGUGCCCCAGCGUUCUGACACAGCUGUGAUCAAGGUCCAGGUGACCGACAGAAAUGACAAUCCUCCCACUUUGCCCCCCUGGGACACAGUCGAAAUUGCAGAAAAUUCCUUGCCUGGUGUCAUUGUGUCUCGGGUAUCAGCUCAUGAUGCUGAUGCGAAUCCAGCUGUCAUCUUCAGUAUCACCCAGGCGAGCAAUCCUGGAACCAAGUUUGCGAUCGACCAGAACACGGGAGAAGUGAUGUUGGUUCAGCCACUGGACUUUGAAGACGCUACGGAAUAUGAGCUGUUCAUCCACGUUUCUGAUUCAGUGCACCACACACAGGGAUCUCUUGUCAUCCGGGUGCUGGAUGUCAAUGACAACCCACCAGUGUUUUCUCAAGAGAUCUACCAGGUGACAGUUCCUGAAUCUGUACCUCUGGGGCACUCAGUGUUAUCUGUGUCAGCCAUAGAUUUAGAAAGCAGUGAGAACAUUUCUUACAGAAUCCUUUCUUCUCCUCAGGAGUUUGCCAUUGAUCCUGUGAAUGGUACCAUAUUUACUAUCAAUCCUGUCUUACUUCUGGAAACGACGUCAAUAAUUCGAUUUCUUGUUGAAGCCAAUGAUGGUGGAAUUCCUCCCCUGAAAGCUCUUACAUUAGUGGAGGUAAAAAUAGCAGAUCUGAAUGACCAGGCUCCUGAGUUUCCUGUAGAACUCUAUAAUCUUAGCUUGAGUGAAGACACUCCCAUUGGAAGUACACUUAUCACAUUUUCAACUACUGACCGUGAUUGGACACUUGACAACACACAUGUUGAGUAUGCCGUCAUCAGUGGCCAAUCACAAAACAUCUUCCAUGUGGAAACUCGUCUCCUUCCCUCAGAAUACCCUUUGAAGCAAGUUGGUUCUCUUGUGUUGCUUCGCAAUCUAGAUAGAGAAGCCAGUGACAGCCACCAGCUUGUCAUUCUAGCAUCCGACCAUGGCUGUCCCCCAUUGAGUUCCACAAUGGUGGUAUCCAUUCAAGUGCUAGAUGUCAAUGACAGUCCCCCAGAAUUCACCAGUCUGGAAUACCACGCCCAUGUCAAGGAAAGCACCCCUGCCGGAAGCCACAUCACCAUGAUCUCAGCACAUGACAGUGACAUCGGUUCCCAUGCAGAAAUCGUCUAUGACAUCAUUUCUGGAAACGAGAAGGGACAUUUCCACCUAGAGGCAAAAACUGGAGUUUUUUAUCUGGCUAAGCCUCUGGAUUAUGAAGAAAUCAUCAAAUUCACUCUGACUGUCCGGGCCUCUGAUGAAGAGAGGAAACAAUUUGCUUUUGCGGUUGUGUUGAUCCAUGUCUUAGAUGAUAAUGAUCACAUGCCUCAGUUUUUGUCCUCAAGCAUGAAUUGUGUCGUUCCAGAAAAUCGGCCUGUGCCUUUCACCAUAUGCUCAGUAAAUGCUGUGGAUUUGGAUUCCGGUCCUUAUGGAGAAGUGACCUAUUCUAUUCUGUCACCCUGUUUUGUCACCCAUGGAAUUCCUUCUGCUCAUGAUCUCUUUGUCAUUGACCCUUUCACAGGUGACAUCCAAGCUAAGCAAAUCCUUGACUACGAAAGCAUUGAUUCAUACUGCCUUGUGGUUCAAGCGGAAGAUAGAGGUGGCUUAACCUCCUCCUUAAUGCUCUGGGUGGAGGUUGAAGGGGUAGAUGAAUUCGAGCCCAUUUUCACUCAAGAUCAGUACUUUUUCAGCCUUCCUGCAAAGAUUGGAGGGAGACAGCUGAUUGGCAGAGUGGAAGCCUUCGAUGCCGACGCAGGCGCUGAUGGGGUUGUUCUCUACUCCCUUGAAACUGCAUCUCCUUUCUUCUCAGUGAACAAAACAAAUGGUAAUAUUUAUUGGGUGCGAGCCCCUCCCUUCCUAGACAGUCACAGGGGCAAAGAAGGUACCUUGGAAAUGAAAAUAAUGGCUCAUAGCCCCAAACCAGGCUCCAAGUUUACACUCUGCAGCGUGUUUGUGAAUGGCUCUCUAUCCUCAGAAGGAAACCUUGCAACAGUGUCUGCCCACAGCUUCUCCAUCAGCCUCACAGUCUCCUCUUUGGUGUUUCUGUUCGUCUUCUGUGCUCUCAUUUUCCUGAUUUUAAGACAUAAACAAAAAGAAGACACCCCACACAGUUCCAAGGAGAAGAAGACAUCAUCCAACCUGGAGCCCAACCCGAGGAUGACGGCGGAUGCUAAUAUGUGCCAGGCCUUCCAGGAGGUGAAGGGGGGCGGGGAUGAGGCAGGGGCUGGGGGCACCGUGCCCGAAUGGCUGGGUUUAAUAAGCAUCCUGCAGAAGGACACUGUCCACUUGUAUAGACACUCAAACUCCAGCGGUCACUGCUCGGUCGAAGGAGAAACGGCAGAAGACAAGGAAAUCCAGCAGAUUAAUGAACAUCCCUACAGAAAGGACUCAGAUUCAGCUCUUAGUGAGCGGGGGUCCAGGGUACCAGACUCAGGAAUCCCUAGGGAUUCAGACCAGCUCUCCUGCCUGUCUGGGGAGACGGAUGGAAUGGCUAUUGCUGACGCAGUAGAAUCCAGCCAUACAUUUGAGGGGGAAGAAGGAGGCAAAGGCUUAGUGUAUGUCCAGAAUAAUGAGUUACCUCAGGCGCUUCAGCAGAGAGACACAAGCCAGGAGGUACGGGCUGAUGGUAGGAACGAGUUCAUUUCAGAGGCACAGGAAGUGAAACGUGCCACCUUUUUACCUCAGAUCACAUGUGAUCAUGAUGUCAGAGGCAGCGACUCCUGGAACUAUCUGCUCAGGUGGGAACCCAGGUUCCAGCCUCUUGCUUCAGUGUUUAAUGAUCUUGCAAAACUAAAGGAUGAAAAUGUACCUACACCUGGCAUCCCGAAAAACAGGAAGUCUUCUGUUUGUCUACCUCCUUUGAUCACAGCAGUAGCCCAGCCUGGCAUUAAAGCAGUUCCACCAAGAAUGCCAGCCAUGGCCCCAGCACAGGUACUUCACGAAUACCCCCGCUCCCCUAUUCUCUACCAUGGCAGUUCUCUGCCAGAAGCGAUGACCCCUAGCUUUUCUCCAUCUCUUUCACUCUUAACCAUUCAGGCUUCUGCCAGAUUGCCAGCAUUAUUAGGAACGCACCGCGGUGGUACGGGCCAUGAAUUGGAAGCAGGAGAUGAAGUUCAAAUAUAA